UGUGUGUUCUCCCUCUACCCUCCCUCCUUGGUCUGUGUUCUCUCUCUACCCUUCCUCCCUGGUCUGUGUUCUCCCUCUACCCUCCCUCCCUGGUCUGUGUUCUCCCUCUUUCCUCUAUCUACCCUCCCUCCCUGGUGUGUGUACUCCCUCUAGUGUUAAACACCACAUGAUUAACACAGUGAGUAAUGUUGUAAUGGACUGUACGUCACAACUGUACUUCUACUGUAAUUCAUUACUGUAUUUCUACUGUAAUUCAUUACUGUAUUUCUACUGUAAUUCAUUACUGUAUUUCUACUGUACCUCAUUACUGUAUUUCUACUGUAAUUCAUUACUGUAUUUCUACUGUACUUCAUUACUGUAUUUCUGCUGUACUUCAUUACUGUAUUUCUGCUGUACUUCAUUACUGUAUUUCUGCUGUACUUCAUUACUGUAUUUCUACUGUAAUUCAUUACUGUAUUUCUACUGUACCUCAUUACUGUAUUUCUACUGUACUUGGGAAAAGAACAUUACUUUAACAAUUACAAAGAGGUAUUUGUAUGUGCCUUGUCAUCAUACCGACAACAUCAAAAUAGCCUUUCAAGACCGAAGUCAGCAGGACUUUGAGCAGCCAGACUUAGUAUCAGCCAGACUUGUUGCUGGGUUACAGGGUUAAAUAGCCAUUCAACCAGUUUUGAAAAGAGAAAACUGUGUUUUAGAACUAGAAGAGACUCCACUAUCAACAUGAGAAAUUAUGGUCAACCGUAUAGACACACACAGACUGAGAUUCAAUCCAAUACUGUAUAGACACACAGACUGGCAUUCGUAACCGAAAGGUCGCUAGUUCAACUCUAGGAGCAGACAAGGUGAAACAUUUGUCCGUGUGCCCUUGAGCAAGGCAUUUAACCUCAAUGGCUCCAGGGAUGUUGUUGAUAAUGUCUGACCCUGUCUAAAGACUCCAGCUCUCUGUGGGUGUUGAUAAUGUCUGACCCGGUCUAAAGACCCCAGCUCUCUGUGGGUGUUGAUAAUGUCUGACCCGGUCUAAAGACCCCAGCUCUCUGCGGGUGUUGAUAAUGUCUGACCCUGUCUAAAGACCCCAGCUCUCUGUGGGUGUUGAUAAUGUCUGUCCCUGUCUAAAGACCCCAGCUCUCUGUGGGUGUUGGGAUAUGUGAGAAACACAUGUACAAGUGUGAAACAGGACAAAUAACAGCAGCUACUAUAGUCACCAUCUAGUGAGUCUGACCUGAAAUAACCCCUGAACAUCUCAUGACUGUUUUAAUCAUGGCAGUUAUUUACGGUUUCUCUUUCCCUGUUUGGAAACAUGCUGAACUAGUUCAUCAUCAUUCCAUUGGAUAAUAAUGGACAUGUGGUAACAUGCAGAACUAGUUCAUCAUCGUUCCAUUGGAUAAUAAUAGACAUGGUAAAAGAUCAUGUUUCUAAAGACACAUCAGCACAUGUAGGAUGAGUCACAUGUAGGAUGAGUCAUUAAUAUUCUAUUAAUAAAACUACUUUCUACCAGGACCCUAGAGCACUACCAGGGCAAGUGUCCCAUGCAAUAAGGGGAUCUGCUGUACCCAUGUUAUGUCGGAAAAGUCAGUUAUGAAUUAUUCUGUCCUGGUUAAAAACAUGUUAUCAUCCAAUAGGCUUUGAUAAAAUGUCCAAUAUCCUCACUCACAUGUAAAUUCUGUAAGAGUAAUGUAUAUGUCGAUUGUUUGACGGUCCGACCGCAUUCUGUCCCUUAUCAGUACAAAUGUUGGUGCCAGCGAGAAUGACAUAAGAAAGUAGUCAAGACGACAAGCUUAAUUAAACCUCCGUCAUGUAUAUCUAAACACAGAAUUAUUAUCUCCCACUAUAAUAAUAGAGUCUUGUAUUGCCGGUAGACUUGAUCAAUUAUUACAAUUAUUUUCAAAGAAGCGUGGAUCAUCAUUAUUUGGACCGAAUAGAUUGGAAUAUGUUAAACAUUUUGGCUCAAUGACUCCAUCUACCUUGUGGAUCUGUUUGAACAAUUUGUACAUUCAUAUUAUUAUAUAUAUUAUAUUAUUAUAGUAUUAUACCUGUUGAGUUUCUUUGCCAAUAAGAGAAGUAUAUUUGGUUUCUAAGCAAAUGUAUUUGCAUAACUUUUUUCCCCCCACAAGAGCACAAUGUUAGUUCAACAGACUGGUACCAAAGCAACAUUGUCACACCCUUUACUGGAAAUGCACCUCCUUAUGAGAAGGACUGUCUAGAACAGAUGAAGUCAUUAAAUCAAUACUCUGCACAGCAGUUUACUAAUUGCUUGGCUGGGCUGAUGUGACAGUCAGAUGGAACAGAGUAAAAAGGAAUUUGAAUGUCACAGAUUUUGCCGGUGGUAACACGUGGAAUUGGUUUUAAUAAAUCAGCAUUCAGGAUUAGACCCACCCAUUAAUACAUAAUGUUAGCUCAACAGACUGGAACCAAAGCUACAUUGUCACACCCUUUACUGGAAAUGCACCUCAUUAUGAGAAGGACUGUCUAGAAUAUAUUAAAUCAUUACAUCAUAACCAGUUACAGUGUUCACUGUUCAAGCCACACCUGUAGAAGUAGGGUAGCCAAUAAGAGAACUGAAUAUUACAAACAAGAUUAUGUACUUCAGGCCACACCUGUUGAAGUAGGGUAGCCAAUCAGAGAACCAAAUAUUACAUAAACAAUAGGCUGUACUUCGGGCCACACCUGUAGAAGUAGCCAAUAUUAACUAUAGAGUGCAGCCAUUUCAAGAGUUACAGAAAAACCACUUGAGCUGGUAAACUAUAGACUGCAGCUAUUUGAAUUGCAAACGCAAGGAAGAAGAUGAACAGAAUGGCAAGAAGUGAUCAUCCAACUCAUUCACAUUUGGUGGAAGAUGAGACAUGGUUCGGACAGCCAGCUGAUCUGAGGAUAGUUCUGUUGGGGAAGACUGGAGCAGGGAAGAGUGCAACCGGAAACACCAUCCUGAGGAGAGAGUGGUUUACUUCUGAGUCAAGUCCAAAUCCAGUGACUGAAAAGUGUGAGAAACAAAGUGGAGUGGUGGAUGGGAGGAAGAUUUAUGUCAUCGACACUCCUGGGAUCGAUGACACAUCAUUGACAGACACAUAUUUGAUUUAUAAAAUAUGGAAACAGUUUCGGAGAACAGAUAAAGUCGAAAUAGAGAAAUCCAUCAAGAUGUCAGUUCCAGGACCCCAUGUGUUUCUGCUGGUGAUCAGACUGGAUAGAUACACAGAGGAGCAAAGAAAAGCAGUGAAGUACAUCCAGGACAACUAUGGAAAAGAGGCCUCAGACUUCACUAUGGUAUUAUUCACUGGUGCUGAUCAGCUGGAUAACACAACAGUAGAGGAGUUUCUGAGGGAGAGUAAGGAUCUUCAGGCACUAGUCAACAGCUGUGGAGGCAGAUAUCAUGUCUUUAACAACAGAGAGAAGAGAGACCGUACCCAGGUCAGAGAGCUGCUGAUGAAGAUAGACAAUAUGGUGAAGUUGAACAGAUACUACACCAAUGAGGUGUAUGAGAAGGCUCAGAAAGAGAUCAGGAACAGUCAGUUGUUAGAGUUGGGUGUAGGAGUUGCCUGCACAGCUACAGCAGUAGGACUAGGUAUCAAAGCCCCAAACAAGGCUUCCCUUAUAGGGAUAGGAGUAGCAACAGUUAUAGGAGGAGAGAUAGCACCGAUUGUAACCAAGAAGAAGAACAAUAAUUAACUACAGGAUAAGUGUCUGUAAAUAAGCCCUGAAGGACCAACAUGAUUAUUGCUAUAAUGAUUUGUCUUUGUAGGAUUUAUUAUUUAUGAUAUGGUUUAACAUUUACCCAAUUUUGGUUGUCACUGCAUUUAACCAAAUGACUAAAUCAUGCGUUAAAGUUAUUAAGUUAAUUGUAAGAGUUUUACUUUGCAUAAAGGAAGAGACAGUACAUUUGUUCAACAUGGCUUCCAUACCUGAAGCAUCUCUGGUUGUAAUGUAAAGUAAUUGAAUGUGCUGUUCGCUAAUCACAUU